AUGAACCAGAUCAAGAAGCUUAAAGUUCGCAAGUGCGAGAAAGAUGAGAAGGCCAAGAGACUGAUGAAGCAGGUCAGGGAACUUAAAGAAACUGUAAAACGCCAAAUCGGAAAAUGCGAGAAAGAUGAGAAGGCCGAGAAGGUCGAGAUCAAGAAAGCAAUGAAAAAGGGUAACAUGGAUGUCGCUCGAAUCUAUGCCGAGAACGCUAUUCGUAAACGCAGCGAACAGAUGAAUUACGUCCGCUUAAUCUCUCGUCUUGAUGCCGUUGUUGCUCGGUUCGAUACCCAAGCUAUGAUGACUACUGUCAACAAGUCAUUCGCUUCCAUUGUAAUAACCCUAGAUUCUAACGCCUCCAGGAACCAGCAGAACAUGUUGGAAACCAUGGACCAGAACGUUUACAGAGAGGUUGAAGCCCAAAUCAACAAGGUUCGUUCUGAAUUCUUGGAGAGUUCAAUGGGUGGAAGUGGAAGAACAUCUCACUCCAUGCCUGAAGGUGAGGUCAACAACCUCAUGUUGCAGGUCGCCAAUGAUAGUGGUUUAGAGGUCUCUGUUGGUCUGCCUCAUCCUGCUGCUGAUGCUGGUCGGACUGAUUCAUCGGUGAAGGAGAAGGUGGAUUAG